ACAAUACACAGCAGGAAUGACAUACAAUGGUUGCACAGACCAAUUAUAUAAAGGUAUGGGAACGUGUUCUACAUGUUGUUAUUUGGGCUGAUAACGUCAGGGCGUGCCGCUGCUUUUGAUUGGCGAGGGCGGUCAUCGUAUGUCUGGCGACUGUCGUGGCUCGGCCGCUCUCGGCUCCCGUCGGGUCCGUUCGGCCCGCCUCCCGCCUGCGUCACCAGCUUGCGUCAACGCCUGUUUGUGGGUCGCUUUCUGCAAGUGAGCGGCUGCGGACGCGGAAAUGGCGGGGAUGGAGACCCCCGGGGUGGGCAGCGUGCUUCAGACCCCUGGGUACGACUCGCUGUCCUACAAGGACAACCUGAUCGGAACCUUGCUGGCGAUCUCCGGGAACCUUCUGAUCAGCAUAUCGCUGUGCGUGCAGAAAUAUAGCCACCUGAGCCUGGCCGGCAACAAGGACUCCCGUGUUUACUACAAGACCAAGAGCUGGUGGUGCGGGCUGCUGCUCACGCUGCUGGGCGAGCUGGGCGUCUUCGUGUCCUACGCCUUCGCCCCGCUGUCGUUGGUGGCGCCGCUGGGCGCCGUGUCGGUCAUCGCGAGCUCUAUCUUGGGCUUUGUCUUCCUGCGUGAGAAGUGGAAGCCCAGAGAGUUUGCUAAGCGCUACAUCCUCUCCUUCCUUGGCUGCAUCCUGACGGCCACAGGGACCUACCUGUUUGUCACAUUUGGUCCUAACUCUCACGAGAGGCUGAGUGCUGAGAACAUGGUGAAGCAUGUCAUCAGCUGGCCCUUCCUCCUGUACCUGCUCCUGGAGAUCAUCGCUUUCUGCUUGCUCUUAUAUGUCUAUAAGCAGAAGAAGGUGACCUACCUGGUGGUCAUCGUGCUGCUUGUGGCUCUGCUGGGAUCGGUGACGGCCAUCACGGUGAAGGCCGUGUCGGGCAUGACCGUGCUCAGCGUCCAGGGACAGCUGCAGCUCUCUUUCCCCAUCUUCUACGUCAUGCUGGUCUGCAUGGUCGCCACCGUGCUCUUCCAGGCCUUGUUUCUGUCCCAGGCCUCCAACCUAUACGACUCGUCCUUGAUUGCCAGCGUGAAUUACAUCCUCUCCACGGCGUUCGCCAUCGUCGCCGGAGCUGUGUUUUACCUGGAGUUCAACCAGGAGAGUGUGCUUCACAUCUGCAUGUUCCUGCUGGGGUGAGUGUGAAGGCCGUCCCAAAGCUCGGGGCCCCACCGGGGGGAGCAUGAGGGCCGUCCCAAAACUCGGGGCCCCACCGGGGGGAGCAUGAGGGCCGUCCCAAAGCUCGGGGCCCCACCGGGGGGAGCAUGAGGGCCGUCACA